AUGAUAAAAUCUACAAUAUCAACAUUACCAAAACAAUAUUUUGGUUUAUUAAAUAAUAAUGUUGGUUAUAGAUCUAUAGGAUCAAUUAAUUUACCUAUUAGAUCUAUACAACAACAACAACAACAACAACAAUAUAACAACCAAUUGAAUCAACAUCACCGUUCUUCACCAAUUCUAAAUAAUAAUUUAAAUCAAAGUCAAAGUUAUAAUAGUACAUCUUUAUUCAUAAAUAAUAACAAUAACAAUAACAAUAAUUUAAUAAUUCAAAAAAGAAAUGUAUCAACAUGGGGUAUUAGGUUUUUACUUGGAUUCUCUGUUGUUGGAUUUAUGUUCUUUAUGAGAAGAUGGACACCAAGACAGAUGAAACGUAUUAUAAAGACAUUCAAAGAGAAACAUGCAUACGAACAGUAUCUACCAGAGGUAUAUAAAAUGUCAUUCGAUCGUAUCAAAGAGGAACGCUAUCUGUCGUCGUUCUUGGCGUCACCACCUAUUGGACCGGUAUGUAUUGUCGGUCCAGAUGGCUGUGGUAAAUCACAUAUUAUCAAACGUGUCAUUUCGGCACGCUCCAUGUCGGUACUGGUCGAUAUGAGACAGAACGCCGUUAUGAGUGGUGAUGAACUACUCUUACAAUUCGUAAAGAAACUUGGAUAUCUUUUGCCAUCCGAUGAUUUAAUUUCAUCUCUAUUCUUAAAAGCUGAUAAAAAACAAUUGAUCAAUGUUAAAGAAAUUGUACAAGGAUUGGAAACCAUUUUUCUUUCACUUUUGAAAAUGAAAGAACAAUAUAAAGAGAUACCUUUAAUAGUUAUUACAAAUAUAGAGGCAUUACCAACAUCUGAUAACUUUACUAGAUUUUUAGAUUGGUGUAUAUCAGUUACUGAUAACAAGUUGGCCAAUAUUGUAUUUUUAACAUCAUCCCAAUUCGUUCAUUUUCAUUUAGAUUCAAAUUAUAGUUUUAAGAAAAGAAGAUUUUUAUAUAAUAUACCAUAUCCAUCGGUAGAGGAUGUAAAGAAAUAUUUAACAAGUAUUUUGAUAAAGAGCAAUGAUGAAUCCUCUGCAAAUGGUGAUAAUAAUGGAAAUGUUGGAAAAUCAACAACAUCUAGUGGUUCAAUUUCAUUCUACAGACCAUCGAGUACCAGUAUGGAAUUAAUUGAAAAAGAAGCAGAUGAUGAAACAUCGGUUGCUCUCACCAGUUGUGAUAUUGAAUCGAUUAUCAACAAUUUCGGUGGUCAGAUGCGUGAUAUCGAUGCGCUCGUCGGUCUGAUAAAGAAAGGUGAAUCACUACACUAUGUUAUUGAGAUGUUCAAUGCGGAGACCGCUCAAAAAAUUGGAUCGUUGGUGGACUCUAUGUUUCAGCGGGCGAACCUCGCCAACUCUGACUCUGAGAAGAAAGCAGUCUUUGAAAAGUACAUGCGAUUCUGGAGUCUCUUGGAGUAUCUUUUGGCCAACCCAGCCAUGCAAGCCAGUGAGUUGAUCGAGAAGGUCUUUCACGAGCAACCCGAGGAAUUCGAUGAAUACUUUAAGACCAAUCUCAUCUACUAUUGGACGAAGCAACAACGGGAAAUAGCCAUGCCAGACGUAGAGGAAAUUUCUACACCGACCCUAAAGAAUGCAUAUGAUACCUAUGUGACAUUCUCAUCACCUCGUAUUCACCGUGCCACAGAGCGAGUUAUCAAAGAACACAGAUUCGUUCUUCAACGUCAAACAAUUGAAAAAUUCUUCAAGAAAGCGGAUCUCAAAGACGACAGAAAGGAUUUGGAAUCGGAAAAACACGAACUACUCACAGAGUAUGAAAAGAUCUAUCAACGUUUGGAUAACCUCAUUGAAAACAAUCAGGCAUGGAUAAAGUUCAUGGGAGAACAAAAGUUUGAUCAGCGAAAGAAAUAUUUUUUGGAAAAAGAAGAUGAAUGCUUGAAAAGAAUAUCAAUAGUUUCGGAUAAACUCGAUCAGAUUGAAAUAGAUUUGGAUAAUCUAGGAAGAGUUAAGGUAUAUAGAAUAGUAAAGACUUCAGGGUCAAAGCUAAAGAAUAAGUUUUUACAAUAUGGUCCAAUUAAAAAGAUAAGAUUGGUCACCGAUCAAGUCAAUGGAAAACCAAAAGGUUAUGCAUUUAUUUGA